CGCCAACCGUCCGAGGUCGCGCAGGCGCUGGUACCAAGUUGGUCCGCCGGUUGCCGCGUUGUGAGGGGUGUCCGCGCAGUGCAUCCCAGCCAGCUCUUAGUGUGGAGCAGUGAACUGUGUGUGGUUCCUUCUACUUGAGGAUCAUGCAGAGAGCUUCACGUCUGAAGAGAGAGCUGCACAUGUUAGCCACAGAGCCACCCCCAGGCAUCACAUGUUGGCAAGAUAAAGACCAAAUGGAUGAUCUGCGAGCUCAAAUAUUAGGUGGAGCCAACACACCUUAUGAGAAAGGUGUUUUUAAGCUAGAAGUUACCAUUCCUGAGAGGUACCCAUUUGAACCUCCUCAGAUCCGAUUUCUCACUCCAAUUUAUCAUCCAAACAUUGAUUCUGCUGGAAGGAUUUGUCUGGAUGUUCUCAAAUUGCCACCAAAAGGUGCUUGGAGACCAUCCCUCAACAUCGCAACUGUGUUGACCUCUAUUCAGCUGCUCAUGUCAGAACCCAACCCUGAUGACCCACUCAUGGCUGACAUAUCCUCAGAAUUUAAAUAUAAUAAGCCAGUCUUCCUCAAGAAUGCCAGACAGUGGACAGAGAAGCAUGCAAGACAGAAACAAAAGGUUGAUGAGGAAGAGAUGCUUGAUAAUAUACCAGAGGCUGGCGACUCCAAAGUACACAACUCAACACAGAAAAGGAAGGCCAGUCAGCUAGUAGGCGUAGAAAAGAAAUUUCAUCCUGAUAUUUAGGGGACUUGUCCUGGUUCAUCUUAGUUAAUGUGUUCUUUGCGAAGGAAACACCAGAGCCGAAAGCUAUUAGAAGUCAUCCAACCAUUUCUCUACCUGAAGUACCGAGGACUGGACUAGAGAACAGAAGUGACUUGCCUGAGGAUUUAAAAGCCCAGCUCCCUACUCCCAGCUCAGGGAAGGAUGGGAAAAGGCUAAAAGCAUGGACUUAAGUCAAGGAGACCCAGUUUCAGCUCUGGCAGUGCUGCUUACAAGUUGUGUGACCUUAGCUUUCUACUCAGUCCUAUUUUUUCAGGUUUUGCCUCUGCAAAAGGGAUGAUGAUGAUGCUGCUGCUUAAGACUCAUGAGGUUGUUGUGAGGAUUGAAUGAGAUGAUGCAUGUAAAGCAGCCAGUACAGGGACUGGCAUGGUGCUGACAUUUAUUGAGUGCUUAGCAAGGGCACUGGGGGAUGGAGACCAACCAUAGGUGGGUCUUAAGGAGCUGCCCUGCCCACUGCCAACUUGCCAAUCUGCUCUGUUCCUAGGAUAAGCAAGCUGAGCUGUUUCUCAAUUCCAAACCCCUAAUUAAAGAGAGAUGACAUCCAUGACUGAUCAUAUAAACAUUGCAGAUUCCAAGUUCCCCUCUCCUGCUGCCCCCAACCCCCCUCUCCACCCCUCCCCAAAAGCUAUCUAAAUAAGAACAGAUUUUACCACCCACCUUGUGGGCAGACUCAGCUGAGGCUGGAACUAGCUAUUUAUCCUUCGGCUGCUGCGGGAAUUCAACACAUACAAAUAAAGCUCCUUUUCCAGCCAAGUGUGU